CUUUCAGUUUCCCAGCUUGGCAGGAAAAGAUCUGAUCCGGACUUUUGGUGUUUCCUCUGGUCUGGUUGAGUGUGCUGGAACCCCCCCUCCAGUUCCACCCACCGCUAAGCAACACAAACACACCACCAGUCCUCAUUUUCCGGAUCUGCUCUUUGUUAACAGAGCCUUUUCCCUCCUCUGCUUUUAUUCCAGGAGAGGGAGAGAGUGAGUGAGCGAGAAAAAAAGAGAGGGAGAGAGGGUGAGUUUAUCUUCUCCUUUUAAAGGAUUCGUUUCUGACUGAAUCUGGAUCUGGUUUGUUUUCCUUGCUCGGGGCUGCCGCCACCACUGCAGGAACAGAGCUGGUGCCCCUACUGAUGUAUUUAAAAACGGUUUAAACGUCAGGAACGGUUCAAGGUUUUAUCCACCAACCACCACCCGGCCUGUCAGUCAUUUUUUUCGCCACUGCAGUUUUCAAGUUGGAGCUCUGCUGGGAAAUGGACAAACCCCUCUAAACUAAAGACGCUUCCCAACCGUUCCGACUCAGCCACAGGACGUGAUUUGGACGAAGAUCCACGGAGUGAAGGGCUUUGUGUUUGCUGGUGAAAAGAAUCAGCUGUGGAGGAAACCAGCGAAGGACAAACAGAGUAAAACCAGCAGAACAUGUUUACUCCACUGUUUCCAUAGUUACUGAGAAGAGCAUGCACGUCCAGAGAAGGCUUUAACGUCACAGUUUGUCUCCUCCGGCUGCCAUCUAAAAGAACUACACUACCCACAAUUCCUGUGACUAAUAACAUAGCCAACGUUUCGAUCACUACAAACAAAGACAGUCAGAAGAACGACACUGCUGUAAAGAGGACCACCAUGGCAAACAACCCUGCAGACCACCCUCCGGGGAAUUCGGUUGCUGAGGGCAACCAUGAAGGGGACUUUGGGGUGGCCAUGGUGGACUUGAGGACCCUGAUGGAGCUGCGGAGCACUGAGGCCGUCAACAAGAUACGGGACACUUACGGAGAUGUGCAGGGCAUCUGCCGCCGCCUGAAAACAUCCCCUAUAGAAGGUCUGUCUGGUAACCCUGUCGAUUUGGAAAAACGUCACACGGCAUAUGGACAGAACUUUAUCCCCCCAAAGAAGCCCAAGACAUUCCUGCAGCUGGUGUGGGAAGCUCUGCAGGACGUCACGCUUAUCAUUCUGGAAAUCGCUGCAAUCAUCUCACUGGGCCUGUCUUUCUACCAUCCACCUGGCGGUGACAGUGAAGCAUGCGGCGCAUCUUCGGGUGGCGUAGAGGACGAGGGCGAGGCCCAGGCUGGCUGGAUCGAAGGUGCUGCCAUCUUGUUCUCAGUCAUCAUUGUGGUCCUGGUGACGGCCUUCAACGAUUGGUCCAAGGAGAAGCAGUUCCGCGGGCUGCAGAGUCGCAUCGAGCAAGAACAAAAGUUCACGGUCAUCCGCAAAGGUCAGGUCAUCCAGAUCCCUGUGGCCGAGAUUGUGGUUGGAGACAUCGCUCAGAUCAAAUACGGAGACCUGCUGCCUGCUGAUGGUAUCCUGAUCCAAGGCAACGACCUGAAGAUUGACGAGAGCUCUCUGACAGGAGAAUCUGAUCAGGUUCGCAAGUCUAUGGAGAAAGACCCCAUGCUGCUGUCCGGGACCCACGUGAUGGAGGGAUCAGGCAGGAUGGUGGUGUCAGCUGUCGGCCUCAACUCUCAAACAGGCAUCAUCUUUACUCUGCUGGGCGCCAGCGAGAACGACGAAGAGAAGAAGGUCAAGAAAAGUAAAAAACAAGGACCCCCCGAAAAUCGCAACAAAGCCAAGACCCAGGAUGGCAUUGCUCUGGAGAUACAGCCUUUGAAGAGUGAAGAGGCCGCUGAGUCUGAGGAGAAGGAAGAGGUCAAACCAGUGAAAAAGGUCAAUGUUACCAAGAAGGAGAAGUCUGUGCUUCAGGGAAAACUGACCAGACUAGCUGUGCAGAUUGGGAAGGCUGGUCUGAUCAUGUCGGCGGUGACAGUUAUCAUCCUCAUCCUCUACUUUGUGAUCGACACCUUUGGGGUCCAGGGUCGGCAGUGGUUAGCUGAGUGCACCCCCAUUUACAUUCAGUAUUUUGUCAAGUUCUUUAUUAUCGGUGUGACAGUUCUGGUCGUCGCUGUCCCUGAGGGGCUGCCGCUUGCUGUCACCAUCUCUCUGGCCUACUCUGUCAAGAAAAUGAUGAAAGACAACAACCUGGUGCGUCACCUGGACGCCUGUGAAACCAUGGGCAACGCCACGGCUAUCUGCUCCGACAAGACGGGUACUUUGACUAUGAAUCGGAUGACAGUGGUGCAGGCAUACAUCGGCGAUACGCACUACAAGACUGUCCCAGAACCAGAUGCUAUCAAGCCGGAGACUUUAGAAACGAUGGUCAACAGCAUCUCUAUCAACUCAGCGUACACUACCAAGAUCCUGCCCCCGGAGAAAGAAGGCGGCUUACCUCGCCAUGUGGGUAACAAGACUGAAUGUGCUCUGCUGGGCCUGGUGCUGGAGCUAAAGAGGGACUACCAGCCAAUCAGAGAUGAAGUCCCCGAAGAGAAACUCUACAAGGUUUACACCUUUAACUCCUCCCGCAAAUCCAUGAGCACGGUGCUAAAGAACGCUGACGGAGGCUUCCGGAUGUACAGCAAAGGAGCAUCAGAGAUCGUCCUGAGGAAAUGCUCUCGUAUCUUGGACGCCCAGGGCCAGCCUCGUGUCUUCAAGCCCAAGGACCGUGACGAGAUGGUGCGAAAGGUGAUUGAGCCGAUGGCGUGCGACGGGCUGAGGACCAUCUGUGUGGCCUACAGGGAUUUUCCUGCUGAGGCUGGAGAGCCAGACUGGGACGCUGAGAAUGACAUCCUCAACGAACUGACCUGCAUCGCCGUGGUGGGGAUCGAAGAUCCCGUCAGACCUGAGGUACCCGAGGCUAUUGCUAAGUGCCAGCGCGCAGGCAUCACCGUGCGCAUGGUUACCGGAGACAACAUCAACACUGCUCGUGCCAUUGCGACUAAGUGUGGCAUCCUGCUGCCUGGGGAGGACUUCCUGUGUCUGGAGGGCAAAGAGUUCAACCAACAAAUAAGAAAUGACAAGGGAGAGGUGGAACAAGAGCGUCUGGACAAAGUUUGGCCCAAGCUGCGUGUUCUGGCUCGAUCAUCACCCACAGACAAACACACUCUGGUCAAAGGCAUCAUCGACAGCACAGUGGGCGAAACCCGACAGGUGGUUGCAGUGACAGGAGACGGUACCAACGACGGCCCCGCCCUCAAGAAAGCUGAUGUUGGCUUUGCUAUGGGAAUCGCCGGCACAGAUGUGGCCAAAGAGGCAUCUGACAUCAUCCUGACUGACGACAACUUCACCAGUAUUGUCAAGGCCGUCAUGUGGGGGAGGAACGUCUACGACAGCAUCUCCAAGUUCCUGCAGUUCCAGCUGACCGUCAAUGUGGUGGCCGUGAUUGUGGCGUUCACAGGCGCCUGCAUCACACAGGAUUCUCCCCUGAAAGCUGUCCAGAUGCUCUGGGUCAACCUCAUCAUGGACACUCUGGCAUCUCUCGCUCUUGCCACGGAGCCGCCCACUGAGUCUCUGCUGCUACGUAAACCCUACGGUCGGGACAAGCCCCUCAUCUCCAGGACCAUGAUGAAGAACAUACUUGGCCAUGCUGUGUACCAGCUCGUCAUCAUCUUUACCCUGCUCUUCGCUGGUGAGAACUUUUUCGACAUCGACAGUGGGCGAAACACUCCCUUGCACUCCCCACCGUCAGAGCACUACACCAUCGUGUUCAAUGUGUUCGUCAUGAUGCAGCUCUUCAACGAAAUCAAUGCCAGGAAGAUCCACGGAGAGAGGAACGUGUUCGAAGGUGUCUACAGGAACCCUAUCUUCUGCAGCGUUGUACUGGGGACCUUCGCUCUGCAGAUCGUCAUUGUUCAGUUCGGAGGAAAGCCGUUCUCCUGCACAGCUCUGACCAUCGACCAGUGGCUGUGGUGCGUUUUCAUCGGCGUGGGAGAGCUGCUGUGGGGACAGCUGAUCUCGGCCAUCCCCACACACCACUUGAAGUUCCUGAAGGAGGCCGGUCACGGUAUCACAAAGGAGGAGAUUCCCGAGGAGGAGCUGAACGAAGGCACGGAUGAGAUCGACCACGCCGAGAUGGAGCUGAGGAGAGGCCAGAUUCUCUGGUUCAGAGGUCUGAACCGCAUCCAGACACAGAUGGAUGUGGUCUAUACCUUCCAGACGAGCCAGGCGGCGGUGCCCGGUGCCCUGCGCCGCCAGCCGUCCGUCGUCAGCCAGCACAAUGACAUUAAGGUGGUGAAUGCGUUCCGUAGCUCCCUGUACGCGGGGCUGGAGAGCCCAGAGUCCCGUAGCUCCAUCCACAGCUUCAUGGCCCAUCCUGAGUUUGUGCCCCUGUCCGAGGAGGAGGAGGCUCGCAUCCCCACCAUUAAGGAGACUGGAGACGAAAUCGACCCCCUCCCCACCUCCUCAUCAUUGAUCCGGGGAGGAGAAGACUUGCCCACCACCUUCCCCCUCAACCUCGAUUAAUCCAUCUGAGUUCCUCCUCUCUCCUCUUCAUCAGCAUCAUCUGUCACCCCACCAACCGAACUGUCACACCGAGGAAGGGAGUCAUGACUCAUUCUGCACACACACAUGCUUCACAUCGUCUCCACCCCCCCUCGGUCAUUCCUGCCACAUUGUGUUUUUCAUACUGACUGUGGCGUCGUUCUGCCUGUAAGUCUGAUAGAGUCUCCACAGUGGAAGGCCUCUUCUAGUCCAUUCAUGUUUUUUUUUUUUCUUCCUUUUUUUUUUUUUAACUUGACAUUCUUUUUGAAAAGCUUUUAAACUUUAUUGGAUUCGAUCCUUGCAGGACUCGCAGCAGCAGCAUGUUGUGUUCUGUACUCGCUUCAUUCCUGCGUUCUCAAACGGCACCGAACUUUUCAAAGAGUGCAGUGAAUCAGAUGUACAUACGCUUCCGCUCUUCUACACAGCUAUAAGCCGGGUUUGUUGAUCAGAAGAUUUUUAGGCAAAUGCAAAAAUGUAACCUUAUUAUUAUUAUUGUUGUUUUUUGUUUUGUUUAGUUUUUUGUUUUUUUUGUUUUUUAGACCUUGAUCUUGAUUUCUUUUUGAAACCUUCUAACGAAUGUCAAUCGAUGGUUGAUUCAGACUCCUGAGAAUGUCUUGUGAGUGUGACACUACACCUUUCAAGGUUAAAAUAAUGUUUUUCCCUUUAUCGUGUCUGUAUGUGUUGCUUUUUUUUUUUUUUUAGCUGCUGUGUUGCAUGUGGAAGGACAGAAUGUUUACUACCCAAAAAUACUGAAGACGGCAGCGUCUGGAGGGGGCUCGCUUUCUGCUCAGUGGGGGUUCUGACCUCAUCUCAUCCAGUCAGGGUUCUGGUUCUCUCUGCCCCUCCCCCAGUUUGUCCCCUGUGAGGAUAGGAAACGGGAGUGUGGUUCAUGUUUUCCGUCUCUAGUAGGAUGCAUGUUUUUGUUUAGUUCGUGUUGAGUCGCAUGAUAACGUACAGUAGGAAUGAAUAUUCGGGAUUCUGUUUCAACUUUGUGCGUCUGCAGCAGCGUCUGUUCAGAGCUCCAUGAGCUUCCUGUCUGUAGGACUGAACCUCCUGUUACCACGGCAGCCUCAUCGAUAUUCUGGCAGGGGAAACCAUCAGGGUGUUUAACACAAUCGAUACCCUGGCGUCCGCGUGUGUUUCACAGUAGGCGAGUGCAAUAAAACUUUCGGUAUCGAGGUAAUGCGAAGUCACAAAGCCCUGAAAUCCAAUGUCUGUCUCGGUGUUGUCACAACACAGGUAUCGCUGGUAAGAUGAGGUCGCUACACACACGGAAAGCCCCGAGGGCCAACGACAACAAACAAAAGCUGCAGCCUGUUUUUUCCACUGCUCGACCCCCACCGUGUCGCUCGCUCGCCACGUGGCUGCGACCGGCCCACUCCAAUCUCAUGUCGGCAGCUGUGCACAGAGAUGCUUUCAGCUAGGAGAGGUUGAAUACAAUCAAAAUAGUAAUACUUGGAUAGAGACAGACUAAAACACAUGCAUUCUCAUCUCUGGUCUUGUAAUACUCGCCCCUGGACACCAAGCUUAAGUCGGUGCUCUUCCUCUGAGAGGAAUCACGGUUGUCCUCUCGAUACACCGGGCACAGGGACGUGACCCUUUCCUGACCAAAUUUAUGUCACUCCCAAGCAGAUGUUUGCACACCGAUAGGUGUGAAAACUGUAACACUCGUUUGUGUCUCCUCACUCUACACUCCGACAGGCUCGUAUUAGACAAAACCCGCCCACCCUGGGUUCAUCAGCAAGUUAAAAUUGAUCACAACUAACUUCCCUGCUGUGCAGAUGUAUAAUUUGGGCUUCUUAGGGUAUUUGCUUAAAGAGUAAACAUUUCCUUCAGAGGAUGAAGGAAUAUUAACCUUUUAGUUUGUGCAAGGAAAAGUUUAGGUAAAGCAUUUCAGAUCUUAUUUAGUCUUCUACCCAUUUCUUAAAGAUCGUCUCUGUCAGAGGUCAGGUUGUACUCUUAGUGCUUCAUGUCUGGAUCCAUGAAUGUCAAUCAAUCAAUCAAUCAAGGCUUUAUUCGCCACGUGCAGGUUGCCCUGCAGUGAAAUGGGACCCCCCCCCCUCCGACCUUACACACACAACACAGACAUCACAUGGGGAUACAGGUCGAUACAGAAUGUAGGCUUGCCACAAAGUUUAGUUUUGCUAUCAGUGAAUCUGAAGCAUUUUAAGCCUACGGGCAGCUCACAUCUGUUGGUGUCACUCACAUUUUUGCAGUCUGACUGUGGCGCUGGUAAAAGAAGUGAGUUUAAACGCGUGUUAAACAGAAAACGACUGCACCGCUGACAAGUCUGUUUUUGGGGCAAAGACAGGAAGUAAAUGGAGCUUUAAACAGCGUCUGGACCGUCUGCCUGUGUUUAAGACAAAUCUUAGCUCCUUUCUCAGACUUUAUAACUUUAUAACAUAAACUUAAAUCAGCUGUCAGUGACAUCACACAGCCAGGAGCGGAGAAGAUGUUUGAUCUUCACCAUCAACAUCAUUGCUCUCUUCUCUGCUGUGUCUGAUUGGCAGGCAUCAGUGUGGCGGCCAUGCUGAGGUUUACGGGAGACUGAUGAUGUCACCAGUCAGCCCAUAGAUUUAAAUCCACUGUGUUCCCGCUGCCGCUUAGUACUUCCUGCUCGUCUGCAGAUUACUGUCUUAAAAGAAGAAAGACUCAUCCUCCAAUCAGAAGCAGCGGUGCGUCUAAUCCCCUCUUAGUCUGACUAGCAGCCAUCAACCUAUCUCUGAACUAGGACACGUUAUUGAAGUAAUGUGCUACUACUGCCAUAUUUCCAACUUUUGUCAUGACUAGGUUUCCCCACUGAUGAGCUUUUUCUAUGUAACUCAGAGCCAUAUUUUAUAGGUUGUCUGUAUUGAUUUUUUUUUUUUUUAAAUCUCAUUGUUAUCGAGGUUUGCUUUGGACUUUCUCACCCCUCACCCUUUCUAACCCCGUCCCAGCACACACCCUCUCUCCUCCCCUGGCCCUUUUACUUCAAACACGACCAAAAAAGAAACAAAAGAAGAAAAAAAAACAAGGAGAAAAAUCUUCAGUCGUCACUGCCGAACCAAGUUAAAAGGACCUCUACAAUGUUUACAUGAAAAGCGAGUCGGUGGCAGUUCGUCUGCGCUUCUCUCAUCCGACCACUUCCCUUUCACUCCCUUGUUUUCCUGAAUCUUAGAGUUACUAUUUAACUAAAUGGGGAAUCUUUCUUGCAUGGUUUUCAUAUAAAAUUCAAUGUUUUGCUCAUUUUUUACAAUUCUUCUGUAUUUUUAUAUUAAGUACUUUUUAAUAUUUUGGAGAUAUAUGAAUAUAUAUGUAUAGGCUGAAGAGUUUGGUGACAGUACCGUACAUGAAUGAGAUGAACCUACCGUGGACUCUGUCUUUUUACAGCUCUCUAAAUAUUUCUGCCACGUGUGUCGUCUUGGUCACCUGACGUUAGGGCUCAGAAACCUGCAGUGACUUGUUUACUUCCUGUCGCCCAAUCAAUUGGAAUCUGAACAGUCUAGUCCCAUCAGCCCCCUUUUACAUGAGUAUAAUCACUUUACCUGAGAUGUUGUGACACACUACACGUCAAGUGAUUUUUCGCAAUUAUCCAACUCCAUUAGAGUUCAGAAAAUGCAUCAGCUAACUGUAUCAAACAUUAAAUGGGAGUGUAUAAUUAUUUAUCCAA